UCUCUCCCACCCCUCCCCCUCCUCCUCCCGCUCAAGCUUCACCCUCGUGAGGUCUCGUGGCGUUUGCAGAGGUCCCAGGGCCCCCACGGCGCCUGGCGCCUUCACUUCAAGCGCAGGGGGGUUGGGGUGAAGGGGAGGAGGCCCGGGGCGCGUGAUGCCGCCCCCAGCCCGCCCAGCACCUGACCCAAGCCGGCCUGCCGCACUCGCUCCACGUCCCCUAGCAGGGCCCAUGGCCUCCCCGCGCCUGGGGACCUUCUGCUGUCCCACCAGGGACGCGGCCACGCAGUUGGUGCUGAGCUUCCAACCGCGGGCGUUCCACGCGCUGUGCCUGGGCAGCGGCGCGCUCCGCCUGGCGCUCGGCCUCCUGCAGCUGCUGCCCGCGGGCCGGCACGCGGGCGCUGGGGCCCCCGCCACCUCUCCGCCCGCCUCGGUCCGCAUCCUGCGCGCGGCCACCGCCUGCGAUGUGCUCGGCUGUCUGGGCAUUGUAAUCCGGUCUACAGUGUGGUUAGGAUACCCAGAUUUCAUCGAGAGCAUCUCUGAUGUGAACGGGACAGACAUCUGGCCUGCUGCCUUCUGCGUGGGGAGUGCGAUGUGGAUACAGCUGUGGUACAGCGCCUGCUUCUGGUGGCUGUUUUGCUAUGCAGUGGAUGCUUACCUGGUGAUCCGGAGAUCAGCAGGACUGAGCACCGUCCUGCUGUACCACAUCAUGGCAUGGGGACUGGCCUCACUGCUGUGCGUGGAGGGAGCGGCCCUGCUCUACUACCCCUCGGUGUUCAGGUGUGAGAGGGGCCUGGACCAUGCCAUCCCCCACUAUGUCACCUCCUACCUGCCACUGCUGCUCGUGCUGGUGGCCAAUCCCAUCCUGUUCCAAAAGACGGUGACCGCAGUGGCCUCUUUGCUGAAAGGAAGACAAGGCAUUUACACGGAAAAUGAGAGAAAGAUGGGAGCUGUGAUCAAGAUCCGAUUUUUCAAAAUAAUGCUGGUUUUAAUGAUCUGUUGGUUGUCGAAUAUCAUCAAUGAAAGCCUUUUAUUCUAUCUUGAAAUGCAAACAGAUAUCAAUGGAGGUUCUUUGAAAAGCGUUAGAAAUGCUGCCAGGACCACGUGGUUUAUUAUGGGGAUACUGAAUCCAGCCCAAGGAUUCCUCUUGUCCCUGGCCUUCCACGGCUGGACAGGAUGCAGCCUGGAGUUUCAGUCCCCCUGGAGGGAGAUCCAGUGGGAGUCGCUGACGACCUCGGCUAAUGAGGGGGCUCACCCAGCUCCCGUGGGCUCCCACGAGCCUCCCAAAAGCCCCACUUGCAGGAAGGAGUCGAGACUGGGCGGGCAGACUUCUGAUGAAGCCUUGAGCAUGCUGUCUGAAGGUUCUGACACCAGCACAAUUGAAAUCCACACUACAAGUGGGCCCCACAUCAACAGUGAGGUCGGCUCUGCACCCCAAACCCAUGGAGACCUGUGAAGCAACACUGUGGGGUCCAGAGCCAUCUUCCUGAGACUCCACCUUCUGUUCUCCAGAGCUGUUUCUCCCCUCGCCCCACCACCAGGUGUGGCACCCACGCCCCACUCCAUCCCCAGCCUCGGUCUCGUCACCACACAGGAGCUGCUUCCUCGGGGUCCCUGCAGCUCUGGGAGGGAGACUGGAGCGUAUGAUGGGAAGUGGCCCCCCAGCACACACAUGGGCAGGGAAGAAUUCCUCACAGGCCACCAGCAGCUUCUCUAGACCCAUGGCUGCCAGUAGGAAUCUCCCUGGGCCUGGCUGUGGUGUCAGUGCUAGACCUGAAUACUUGGGAAAGUUCCUAAAUAAAGGAAUUGUGACUGAGCUCCGGCCUCACUCCGAUUUUGUCCAAACACUUCAAAAUUCACAGGUGGUUUCCGGCACAUGAAUGGGCCCUGUGCUGCGCACAGCAGUGACACAAUCUAAGCUUGGGACUGAC